AUGACUUCGCUGAAGAGAUCAUACGCGUUGACGGGCUCAUCCAGCACGACAUUGAGCAGCAAAACGUAUCUGAGGACGCUCAAGUCAGGCAAGGUGCAGAAAGUGGUACGCGAACUCUACCUGCGCCAAGAUAUACCAUGCUCUUCGAGUUUGUGCACCGAAUGCAUCGACAUCGCUCCAGCAGGCUUCCACGACAAGAGGGAGCCGUUCGUCCUAUCAGCUACACCCGCUGCGACGAAAGUGUACUCGGAAGGACACUACCUGGUGCCUGACACCAAUGCCUUUCUCAAUGCCAUGGACUUUUUCGAGGCCGAAAAUACGGUCCAGGAUGUGAUCGUGCUGCAGACGGUCCUCGAAGAAGUCAAGAAUAGAUCUCUACCACUCUAUCACAGACUGAUUGCCCUCACAAAGAAUGAUGGCAAGAGGUUCUAUGUGUUCUUCAACGACUUUCGCUUAGAGACGCACGUCGCUCGAGACGCUGGCGAGACCAUCAACGACCGCAACGACCGCGGCAUUCGAAAGGCGUGCAAGUGGUACUCUGAACAUUUGCAAAAGGCUGUGGCCGCUCGUCAGAGCAUCCGCUGUCCAGCCAUUGUCAUGUUGUCUGAUGACAAGGAUAACUUAAGCAAGGCGAAGCUAGAUGGCAUUGCUGCUGCUAACUUGCAUGACUAUGUGUCGAGUUUGGCCGACUCAGAUCGUCUUCUUGACAUGGUCGCUUCUAGUCGUGAUCAGCGAGCUGCACGCGAUGCGAAAACACAGCUACUCUACCCGGAUUACGUUUCAGUUUCAGCCAUGCUUACUGGCGUGAAGAACGGCACCAUGCAUCAGGGAACCUUUAGUGUGUCACCGUACAAUUACCUCGAAGGUACCGUGCACGUGCCAUCAUUCGACCGUCCCCUCAUUAUCCAAGGUCGAGAGAACAGCAACCGGGCAGUGUCGGGCGAUAUUGUGGUUCUUGAGGUUCUUCCCAAAGAUCAAUGGAAAGCGCCUUCGAGCAAGGUCAUUGUAGAGGAAGACAUCAACAAGAAUGACAAUGCCGAGAACGAGGACGACUCCGGUGAAGGUGUAGUAUCGGCACAGGAACGUAAGGCAUUGCGCGAUGAAGUCAAGCGUGCCCAUGGCAAGGCUGGAGAGGGCAAACCUCAGCCGACCGCCAAGGUAGUUGGCAUUAUCAAGCGCAACUGGCGUCAAUACGUUGGACACAUCGACAAGGACUCGGUCAAAACUGGUGCGAAGCAGAGUCGAGCACAGCAAACAGUAUUUCUCAUACCCAUGGACAAGCGUAUACCAAAGAUUAGAGUGCGCACAAGACAGGCUGGCGACCUGCUCGGCAAGCGUGUUCUGGUCACGAUCGAUUCUUGGGAUCGUGAGUCGCGGUACCCUGUUGGCCACUUUGUCCGUAGUCUGGGCGAGCUGGAGACAAAGGGUGCCGAGACUGAAGCACUGCUGCUGGAGUGGGACGUCCAAUAUCGACCGUUCCCCAAAACUGUGCUUGACUGUUUACCAGCUGAAGGUCAUGACUGGAAGGUACCCGCAGAUGUCAACGAUCCGGGUUGGAGAGGUAGAAGGGAUCUCCGUGGUGAGCUCAUAUGCUCGAUCGAUCCUCCUGGAUGUGUAGACAUUGAUGAUGCAUUGCAUGCCAAGAAGCUGCCGAACGGCAACUUCGAGGUUGGCGUGCACAUUGCAGACGUCUCGCACUUUGUCAAGCCCAACAACGCAAUGGACAAGGAAGCAUCUCUUCGUGGUACUACAGUCUACUUGGUAGAUAAGCGCAUUGACAUGCUGCCGAUGCUGCUGGGCACCGAUCUCUGUUCCCUCAAACCAUAUGUGGAGAGGUACGCCUUUAGUGUACUGUGGGAGCUCGACCAGAACGCCGACAUUGUGAGUGCGACAUUCACGAAGAGUGUCAUUGCAUCGCGAGAGGCCUUCAGCUACGAACGCGCUCAGCUCCGCAUCGACGACCAAUCGCAGCAAGACGAUCUCACUCAGGGGAUGCGACACCUCAUGUAUCUAUCCAAGAAACUCCGAGCGAAACGAAUGGCUGCUGGUGCGCUGAAUCUUGCGUCGCCCGAAGUGCGAGUCGAGACAGAGAGCGAAACGUCGGAUCCCGUGGAUGUGAAAACCAAGCAACUCCUCGAUACGAAUCAGCUCGUGGAAGAAUUCAUGCUGCUCGCCAACAUCUCCGUUGCGGGCAAGAACUACGAGGCCUUUCCACAGACUGCCCUCCUCCGUCGUCACCCUGCACCCCCAAAGGCGAAUUUCGAAGAACUCGGCAACCAGCUCAAGACUAAGAAAGGCAUGGAACUUCGACACGACUCAUCGAAAGCACUCGCCGACAGCUUGGACGAAUGCGUCGAUCCACAAGAGCCGUUCUUCAACACUCUCGUCCGCAUCCUCGCAACGCGUUGUAUGAUGUCUGCGGAGUACUUCUGUUCCGGCACACAAGCAUACCCCGAGUUCCGGCACUAUGGUCUUGCAUCCGAGAUCUACACGCAUUUCACCAGUCCCAUCCGACGUUAUGCAGAUCUCGAAGCACACCGACAGCUUGCAGCAGCCAUUGAGUAUGAGCCGAUCGAUGCUUCUCUCCAGUCCAGACACAAGCUUGAAGGUGUAUGCAAGAACAUCAACGUCCGACAUCGCAAUGCUCAGAUGGCGGGACGUGCCAGUGUAGAAUACUACGUAGGUCAGGCGCUCAAAGGUCGCAUCAUAGAAGAGGAUGGGUUCAUCAUGCGAAUCUUCAGCAACGGGUUUGUGGUCUUUGUGCCCCGUUUUGGCAUCGAAGGACUGGUCCGUCUCAAGGACCUGGGCGAUGGAGGGGAGAAGGAGCCGGAGAGCGUGUUUGAUGCGGAAGACUACUCCUUGGAGAUCAAUGAUGGGAAGAAGGCGGGUAGCAAAUUUGAGCUCUUUCAGAAGGUUACUGUCCGAAUCAGCGAUGAGGCCGAGGAGAGCACGGGUAAGAGAAAGAUCAAGUUGGGCUUGGUGUAA